AUGCUCCUCGUCGAUAAGCACCGUCCUCGGAAGCUCGAGGCCUUGCAUUAUCAUCAAGGCCUCUCUUCUAGACUCAAGGCUCUGGCCAAUAGUGGCGAUUUCCCACAUCUGCUAGUGUAUGGACCUUCUGGAGCUGGUAAGAAGACUCGAAUUGUUGCUACGUUGAAAGAGCUAUAUGGUCCUGGUGUCGAGAAGAUUAAAAUCGACUCUCGUGUCUUUAUGACAACUACCAAUCGUAAGAUUGAAUUCAAUAUCGUCGCAUCUGUCUACCACAUUGAAAUCACUCCAUCCGACGUUGGCAAUCAUGAUCGGGUCAUUAUACAGUCGCUCCUCAAAGAAAUUGGUCAGACACAGCAGGUGGAUAUCGCUGCGAAGCAGAAAUUCAAGGUUGUAGUCAUCAAUGAGGCGGACCACCUUACCAGAGAUGCUCAGGCUGCGUUGAGAAGGACAAUGGAGAAAUAUUCCCCAAAUCUAAGGCUGAUACUGAUUGCCAAUUCUACUGCCAAUAUCAUUGCCCCGAUUAAGAGCAGGACGUUACUCAUACGAGUUGCGGCACCUACAAUUGAUGAGAUGGUUGGGGUACUAAAGCAUGUAGCUGAGUUGGAAAGGUUUGAGUUCAGUGACAAGUUGGCUAGGAGGGUUGCAGAGGAGAGCGGGAGAAACCUAAGAAGGGCGUUAUUGAUGUUUGAAGCACUUUAUGCACAAAAUGAGGUUGUUAAAGAUAACACACCAAUUCCUCCUCCGGAUUACGAGACUUUGAUCGGCCAAAUCGCGGACGAAUUGCUUGCAGACCACUCUCCAGCUCGUAUCCUCCUUGUGCGUGCAAAAUUCUACGACCUGCUUACCCACUGCAUUCCAGCCACGGUCAUCCUUAAAUUGUUGACCUUCCGUCUGGUUGCGAAAAUCGAUGACGUUCUCAAAGCUGAGGUCAUCAAGUGGGCUGCUUUCUACGAGCACAGAAUUCACCUUGGAAGCAAAGUGAUCUUUCACCUAGAAGCAUUCGUGGCAAAGUUCUUGAGAAUUUUGGAGAGUUAUUUGAUGGGGAUGGAGUUCUAGAGGGUAUAAUUGCAUGGAUAAUGGUCAAAAGUUUAGGGACGAUGAUGGCGUUUGCUUGCUUGCUUGAUGCUUUUCAUGAACAAUGGCUUGUACGAUCGAAGGUUUAUAGAUGGUCUGUACUAUCUGUUGCGAUUAGGUUGCAGUAGCAUGCA